ACCUUCAUUUACAACUAAAAGAUACUCCCAUCUAACUAAAUCAUCAAAAACUGAAAAUACCAAGGACUCCUCUAUUUCCGAUAUCCAGAUUCACGCUCUCUCCCCUCUCCCUCUCUCUAAUCUGGAAGUGAACUGAACUGAACUCUCCAAUGGCUUUGGCCGAAGAAUCUAGCGGAGCAGGCGUGAUAGAUCAGACCUAUGAAUUUUCAGCCCCACGAUUCUAUGAUUUCAUCAAGGGAGAAUCAGACGAAGAUUCUCUUAAAGCCGAACUCUGGUUUGACACUGCACUCAGCUAUGCGCCUUCUCCUUUUAUGCCUAGAAUUAAGACUGGAAGAUCUUUUAAGGUUGAAGGCUUAUGUGACUUUAGUGAAGCAGACCAAGUGCAGAAGGUUCCAGAAUCGUCAGAUUCAACAGCAGGUAAUUCUUCCUCAGAGACCAAGUCUCAAUUGGAGGUCAUGCCACCCUCUGAAACUAGAGAGGAAGUGACAACACUUCAUGAGGCAAACAAAGAAAAAAAUGGAAACUUAAUCAAUAGUUCUUGUGAGGGAGAUAAUGAGAAGACCAUAUGCACUGAAGAAUCCAAAAGCAGCUCUAGCAUCAAAAUUGAACCUGUCGAUAUUAGAGAGAACGAUAAAGCUGAGACAUACUGCACACCUAAGCCCCCAGUCUCUUCUCCGAAGAAAGGCCCAGUCACCAAUUCCAAGAAGCAUCUAUCAGCUAAACACAUAGCUAGUUUAGUUAGGAAUCCAUCAGCGCUGAAGCCAAAGAGUCAAUCACAGUCCUCACAAGCUAAAGGCUCCAAGCCACAAAGUAGCACAAGGGGCAUAAAUAUAAAAAAUACAACUGGGACUCCCAAUUUAGCCCAAGAUAACCAAGCAAUUAAGCGACAGAAGCUGGAAGGAGGGAGAUCCAGACAGAUUCUUAAUCUUAAACCCCCACAACCAUUGCACCACAAGUCCAAACUGGGUCAGAGCAGUUGCAAUUCCAAUGCAUCUGUUGCUAAUAAAAUUCAGAAGGAAGACAGAAAGGUUUAUGUCAGGGAGCCAGCAGCACCAACACCGUUUGUUUCAAUGGCAGAGAUGAUGAAAAAGUUCCAAUCAAGUACCAGAGAAUUGUCACUGCCCCACAUUAGAAGCAGUUCUCUUUCACAUAGUAAACCUCAACUCACAUUGACAAAGCCGAAGGAGCCUGAACUUGAAACAGCUCAGCGAGUUCGUUCAGUCAGAAUAAAGAGUACUGCCGAGCUUGAGGAAGAGAUGAUGGCCAAAAUUCCAAAGUUUAAAGCUAGACCAUUAAACAAGAAGAUACUGGAAGCACCUACACUACCUGCAUUACCAAGAAGUACUCCACAACUGCCUGAAUUUCAUGAAUUUCAUCUCGAGACAACAGCAAGGGCCAAUCAAAAUGCAGAUUCAGCUUCAGUGGCCUCAACGGAAGUGUCUCAUCAGAGUCAUCAAUGGAAGCCUCAUCUUACUGAACCUAAAACUCCUCUUCUUCAUACUACUUUGAGGGCCCGUCCACCAAAGGUGAAAAGUUCUUUAGAGCUUGAGAAAGAGGAACUUGAAAAGAUGCCUAAAUUUAAGGCAAGGCCAUUGAAUAAAAAGAUAUUUCAAAGUAAAGGAGAACUAGGGGUGUUUUGCAACGUAAAGAAACAUAUUACCAUACCUCAAGAAUUUCACUUUGCCAUAAAUGAAAGGAUUCCACCGGCAGCUGCUGUUGCUGAUUUGUUUGACAAGCUUUCACUUAACUCGGAACCUCAUCGUGACAAUCCAGUUCCAAGAAACACCGUCCCAAAUCCAUUCCAUCUCCACACAGAGGAAAGAGGAACUGAAAAAGAGAGGAAAUUUGUGAUGGACAUUGUGCAGAAGCAGCUAGAAGAGGAAAGAGCAAGAAUUCCGAAGGCUAAUCCUUAUCCUUAUACUACUGACUAUCCUGUGAUUCCCCAGAAACCAGAGCCCAAACCAUGUACAAAACCAACACCUUUCCAGUUGGAGAGUCUAGUGAGGCAUGAAGAGGAAAUGCAAAGGGAAUUGGAAGAAAGACAAAGGAUAGAGAAAGAGGAGGCAGAGAUGAGGAGGUUCAAAGCACAACCAGUCCUUAAAGAGGAUCCAAUUCCACUACCAGAAAAAGUGCGAAAACCCCUCACACAAGUUCAAAAAUUUAAUCUUCAUGUGGAUCAUAGAGCCGUGGAUAGGGCAGAAUUUGAUCAAAAGGUAAAAGAGAAAGAGCAAUUAUACAAGAGAUACAGAGAAGAGAGUGAAGCUGCAAGGAUGGUAGAAGAAGAGAAAGCUUUAAAACAAUUGAGGAGAACAAUGGUUCCUCAUGCAAGGCCAGUGCCAAAUUUUGACAAUCCAUUCUGCCCUAAGAAUUUUUCCAAGGAUACAACAAAAGCAAAGUCACCGACUUUGCGUGUGCUUCGAAGGAAAGAACGGCAGAGAUUGAUGAUAAACGCAACUUCGAGCCCUGCUUCAUGUAUGAGGUGAUAUCAUCUAGUAUCAACCGGCAGGGCUGCUACUACUGUUCAAGAACUCUUGAACCCCUCUUUCUCUUUCAGAAUUCUUGUACCGCUAAGAUAUAGAACUCUUAGAUCACAUCUUGUACACAAUUAGAUUUUGUUGUAACAUUUGUUUCAGAAUGGAAAAAAGCGCAGUUCAAUCUUUGCAUUCUGCUUCAAUUCUA